AUGUCGGACUCAACGCCCCUGCCGAUCCUCUACGCCAACGACACGCCCUCCGCAGAGUACUCCGCCGCCGUCUGGGGCCGCGUCUUCAACGCCCGGCGCGACUUUGCCCGCCGGCCCGCGGCCGUCGUGCAGGCCACGCGCAAGGCCCACAUCGUCGAGGCCGUCCGGCUCGCCGCCGAGCGCGGCUGGCGCGUGAGCGUGCGGUCCGGCGGCCACUCGUGGGCCGCGUGGUCCGUCCGCGACGAGGCGCUCCUGUUGGACCUGGGCGGCUUCGGCGCGGCGGUCGGCGGGGACGAGGGCAUCGCGUACGACCCCGCGACCGGGAUCGUCAGCGUCGCGCCCUCGAGGACGGGCCGGCAGGUGAACGGGUUCCUUGCGGGGCAGAUUGGCGGGCCCGGGAACGAGAGCGAGGGCGUCGGGAGGUGGUUUCCGGGCGGGCACUGCCCCGACGUCGGGCUGGGCGGGUUCCUGCUACAGGGCGGGAUGGGGUGGAAUUGCAAGAACUGGGGCUGGGCGUGCGAGAACGUUGUCGCCAUUGACGUCGUCACGGCCGAUGCGCGGGAGCUCCGGUGCUCCGAGAUGGAGAACGCCGACCUUUUUUGGGCCGCGCGCGGCGCCGGGCCGGGCUUCCCCGCCAUCGUCACCCGCUUCCACCUCCGCACCCGCCCGCUGACGGGCAUGUUCCAGUCGCUCUACUUCUACCCGCUCGACCGCUUCGAGGAGAUUCUGAACUGGGUGAUCAAGGUCUGCCCCACGGCCGCCCCAGAACUCGAAAUCGUCAUGCUCGCCCUCACGCCGCCGGGCGCGACGGCGCCGCAAAUCAUGGCAAACUUCCUCUCCUUGUCGCCCGACCCGGAGCUCCUGGCCCCCGUGCACGCCUCGCACCCGCCCGACCCGCUGGCCACCGUCGUCGCGACGCCGACCUCGCUGCCGCUGCAGUACGUCGACCAGGACGCCGCGAACCCGCCGGCGCACCGGUACAUCUCGGAGAACGCGUACGUGGCCAACGACGCCGACGUCCCCGCGGUGCUGAAGAAGGCCUUUACGGAGCUGCCGACGCCGCAGUCCUUUGCGCUGUACUUUUCCAUGAACCCGUGCUCGCGGCGGCAGCAGCGGCAGCAGCGGCAGCAGCAGGCUGGCGGCGGCGGCGGCGGGGGCAUGCCCGACAUGGCGCUGAGCAUGCAGUCGGACCACUACUUUGCGCUGUACACGGUCUACCCGGACGCCGCGGACGACGAGCGGUGCCAGGGGUGGGUGAGCGACGUCAUGGCCGGCGUCGAGAGGCACUCGGUCGGCAGCUACCUCGGCGACGCGGACUUCCGGUACCGGCGGACCAAGUUCUGGGGCGCGGAGCAGGGGGCGCGGCUGAUGGAGGUGAGGCGGAAGUGGGACCCCACGGGACGGAUCGCCGGGUUCCUGGACCCGGAGGAUAAGAGCCGUGCGGAGGGGUUGAAGAACGAGUUUGAGUGGGAGUGA